UUUAUUAUUGUUUGUUGUCAAAUUCUCUCGCUUCAUCUAAAUGAAAAAAAAUUUCAGAUAUUUAAUUAUUUUUUGCGCAAAAAUAAAAUAAUUAAACCAUGAAUAAAGAAACGGAUUUGGAAUUUAUUAAACUUGUUCAAAGUUAUCCCAUAAUAUAUGACCGAGAACAGUCGCGUGGCCAAAAGAAUUCCAAUAUGAAAAAUGAAGCUUGGCAGGAGAUAGCGCAAAUUAUAAAAAAAUCUGAAAUUGCGUGUAUAACGCGCUGGAAAUCUAUACGAGAUCGUUUUGGUAAAGAGUAUCGACGACAACAGGAAAAUCCCCAAGAGACAACAAAUUGGGAGUUAUUUCCACAUUUAUUGUUUCUCAAAGAUCACUACAAGCAGGGAUGUGCCCGUAAUGAUUCUAUAGUAGAAACUAUAAAGUAUGCUCCGCGUAUACGUAAAACGAAAGCCAAAAAAGAUUAUGCUACCAUUGAGGCUGAAGAAGAAAUUGAUCCGGAGGAGUUGACUCUAAAUCAAAAUAUAAUUGCUUUGGUUAAACAACAUGAUGUUUUGUAUGAUAGUAAGCGAGUGAGAGAUUCGAAGAAUUUGGCCGCUAAAAACGAAGCAUGGUCACAAAUUGCCAAUGCAUUGGAUGUUUCAGAGCAAGUUUGUUACACAAAGUGGAAAAAAUUAAGGGAUCGUUUUUCCAGAGAAUAUCGUUCGCUACAACUACAUCCGGAGAAACCCAUAACUUGGGUGUAUUUUAAUGAUUUAAAAUUUCUACAGUCUCAUUACAGAAGAGGAAUACCACUUCCCGUCGAAGAAAUAAGAUCUAAGAGUAAAUUGUCACCGGCACAAAGUGAAAAUCCAUGGGGUGAUGAUUUAAACAAAUCUUUUGGUUACUCCGACAGCGGUGGUGACCAACAUAAUAACGAUGAUCAAGAUAGUAAUGACCAUAUAAUAACUGAAGAUACAACUGUUAUGCAAGAUUUUGACGAACUGCUCUAUAUAGAACCCAAAAAACCAUGCCUCUCUGAUCCACGUAACGAUUCUCCCAUACAAGUAACUUAUCAUGUUUCGCAUGAUACAACAACUAAUCAGCCGGUCACUACAACAACGUAUACCCCCUCCAACGUAAAUAAUACUUCUGAUUAUACAACAAACAUAAAUGAUGAAUCUACCGUAUUAGCAAGUCCCUCUGAGGCUGAGCAAAAACUACAAACGGUUAUAUCAAAUAUGGAGUGUGUUUUGCAACAGUCACAGGAUUGUUUAAAAGCCGUACUACAGCAAAAAGAAUUGUACAAACAGGAAUUAUUACAGAAAAGUAAUAGUAUUAAUCUGCAGACGGAACCGUUACAAAAGGUGCACGUUUUACUGGACGGUUUACAACCGGACCAACGUAACAAGGCCGAACGUAAAAUCCUACAAUUUUUGUGUGAAUGUCAAAUUAAAAUUCUAAAUAAUGAAGAAAUUACUGAUGUGAAAGCUGAAAAUUUUUAUUAGUUUUAAGAGAUUCUGUUUUAAUUCUUCUUUUUUUUGUGUUUUAUUAAGAUUUAAUAAUAAAGUUAUUGCUUAAUAAUA